AUGUGCACAGCGAUCAUCGCGGCUGUCUUCCUCGCCUGUCUGUGCUUAGUAGAUGCCAGGACCACACAAGAUGUGCACUUAUUGCGCCGCAUCACCCAAGCUAGUCGUAUCCCAGCGGCUUCGUACUGCGCCCUUCGUGACUUCCCACCAAAGGGCGGGUACGGCGCAAGCCGUAUGUACUGCACCUGGCCUGUGUACGACCAUUACUGGAUGUGGCGAAUUAUCAAGGUGGACGGCAGCAGCAGUGGCGGCAGCAACAGCUUCAACAGCGGCGACAACGUCUACAUCACCAUCAAUAACCCGGUGCCGUACAAGUACUGUCAGCUGAAGUCCAAUGUGGAGUGCGGUCACCAAAAUGGCACCGCCUUUACUAUCGAGAAGGCUUCUGGGACGGGCAGUAUCACUCUGGGAAGGGACGAUCUGGUGCUUCGUGUGAGGAACGGUUACUGUAGUCUGCGCGGGAGCGGACACAGCCAACAGAUUACUUGCGCCGCCAACCGCACCGGGGCCACCGUCUUCCAGGUCGCCGCAAGCUCCUUCGUGCAGGUGCAGCUCCAAAACAAGCUGUCACGGAGCAACUGCGGCGGUUACUUUUACGGUGGUCUGGGUGCUCCGGCAACGGUCGGCUGUAGCAGUGGGAGCGGCGUGUUCCCGGGCUUCUCGGCCCUGCUGACAGUCGCCUUGCAGACUCCAGGGACGCCAGCCAUUGAGGCGGGCGCCAACGUGUCAUUCAAGGUGUACGACGACUGGCAAACGUACCACGUGGUGACCUGGAUGGAGAAGAACGCUACAGUUGACUUCGACUUGGAGACAACGUUAGGCAAUGCGCAGUGGUUUAGGAUGGAACGGCUUACCGGCCCGCCAGCGGGCGACCAGCUGGUCAAUGCCACACAGGUGGCGCUACGAAGCUCCCGUAGCAGUUUGUACUGCGGCCAAAAGCUAGCCAAUUCGACGGCUCUUACGUGCGAUCUGCCAGGUCCCCUUACGUUUCUGCCCGACGGCUACAAGUACACCUUUUACAUUGUUGGUUGGAUCUGCUACUCACAUCCCGCAAAUAUCAAGCUGGGCGUGCGUCCGAGGGCGGUUACCCACUCGCAGCGUCAACGACUCCAGAUAACUGCCGGUCGGGCAACACAGAAAACGGGGAACUUAAUUCAUAAAAAGGGGGUUUGGGGAGGAUGA